UAUCAACUAAUCAGUUCAGUGGUUGUUUUGUAAAAUAUAAGUGAAGAAAAAUGAAAAGUUUUGUUCUUCUGACUCUAUUAGUCAGUGCAUAUGCACAAAGCCAAGAUUUAUGUGGUAAAGUGGCAAACAAUGGUGGACAAAGAUUUGCUGAUGAUCCAUCUAAUUGCCCAGGAUACUUAUGGUGUAAUUACAAUGCAGAAAAUGAAUUAAUAUCUGUUCAUCAAGGAACAUGUGAUACAGGUUUUAAUUUUAACAACGUAAAUGGAGCAUGUGAUGCAAAUCUUGUUUGUGAUGCAAAUUUAUGCAUUGCUAAUACAGUUCCCGAUACAAUAAAAAGGAUUGCCGUUGCUACUGAUACCCAAUGUAGACAAUUCCAAGUUUGUACCGAAACAGAACUUGGUACUGCAACACUCAGUUGCACAGCACCAGCUGUUUUCAAUAGAAAUUUUGGAAUCUGUACAGUUGAAUCGAUAGCACCAUGUGGAAGUAAUAGUGGUGGAGGUGGAACUCCAGGACCAGCAUGUGAUGGAGAUGGAUUUGUAAACGAUGAUACAGGAUGUGAUAAAUUCUUCUUCUGUGAAAAUGGUGUUUCAUCUCCUGAAACGUGUCCUGCUGGCUUUCAUUUUAAUCCUGUUGGUAAUUUCUGUGAUCUUCCUGAAAACUUAAAUCCAAAAUGUGAAACAGUUGCAACAACUCGCGAAACUAUUCCAAAACCCAUACACAUCAACGGUGGAGUUGCCAAAUUAAAAAAAUUGUUUUUAAAUCUUUAA